AUGGCAACGUGCACAACUAACGAUCCACAUGAAAUUCAAAUGGAUAGCGAAUCUGAAGGCGAUUCUACUAUGGAAAUUGAUUCAGUUUAUUCAUCAGAUGUGGACAGUAGUGAAUCGGAUGAUGAAAUAGGAUCAUCGAAACAACAAUCUACUAAUCGAAUUUGGACGAAAACUGCAUUCAAGCCACAUCUCUUCUCCCUUGAUGAAACAAAUGCUGGUCUUUCACCGAACAUAGGCGCUAUGAAAGAUGUUACACCUCUUGAUGUUUUUCAAUUAUUGUUCAAUGCAACAAUGCUUGAUUUAAUUGUUGAAGAAACCAACAAAGGUUUUUCUAACAAAAAUUCUACAUCCUCAACAUGUUCCCAUCAAGUAAAAUGGACAGAAACAAAUCGCUCUGAAAUAUAUACUUUCUUGGUUACAAUUAUGCUCAUGUCUCCAACUAAAAAGAAUAAGAUUUCUGAUUGCUGGUCGACUGAUCCAAUGAUUAUUACACCUAUGUUUGGUCAAUUAUUUUCUAGAGACAGAUUUCUGUUGCUUUUGAAAUACUUACAUUUCAACGAGGAAUCGCUCAUUCUUUAA